AUGGGGGACCACCGGCAGAGUUUGACUCACAACCACCACACGGAGGCUGAGGGCAGGUCAGGAAGGGGGCCGGAUGAUGAUGGCCUGGCCCUCCAGAGUGCUGUGCGUGAGAGUCCAGGGUCCAAGGACCCCAAAUACCAGGACUUAGAUGGUGGGGGGCUGGGCUUCCAAGACCAAGAAGAGGAAAUUCCCCCCGAGGAGUUGGCCGGGGAAGAAUUCCUGGAUGACCGGGCCCCAGGAGAGGCCAUCCUGCAGUUGGAGAGUGUUCUGGACGAAGAUGAGGAGGAAGCAGUGCCCGAGAUGAGCCGGCUCUCCAUCACCCAGAGGUUCCCCAGCACCUCCAUGGCCAGAAGGAGGAAGAAGGGCAGGCGGCUCUUCGAACUGGCAAAACCCAAGACCAACUGGCAUGUCUUGAAAGACAGGACGGGGUGCUGCUGCACGGGCUAUGCCUGGAUCGCCCCAUGCACGAGGACCUUGCAGUUCUGUGUCUACUGGCCAUCGGUGUACUGGACGGAGAGGUUUCUUGAAGACACCACCCUCACUGUCACGAUGCCCGCAGUGUCCCGCCGAGUGGAGGAACUGGCCCGGCCUAAAAGGUUCUACUCAGAGUUUUACAACAGCAGCAGGACUACGCCCAUCUGGCCCAUCCCUCGAUCCACCUUGGAACAUCAAGCGUCUAGUCGCCUGAGGGAACUGGCCACACCAAAAGUCCGGAAUAACAUUUGGAGCAUAGACAUGUCUCAGGUGUCCCAGGUGUCCAGGGCAGCCCAGAUGGCCAUCCCCAGUGCAAGGACUCUCCAGCUGGCAAAGCCCAGGACACCAGCGACCCUGUUGGAAAAGUGGGACCCUGUGCCGAAACCCAAGCCACAUGUGUCAGACUACAACCGGCUUCUUCACUUGGCCAUGCCGAAGGCCCAGUCAGAGAAGUGUGUUCCUGACCGAGAUCCACACUGGAGGGUGCUGGACGUCACCAAGAAGGCGGUGGCCAGUCCCCGGGUCGUCUCCCUGGCCAAGCCCAGAUUCCGCAAGGAUCUCAACGAAGGCUACAACAGGUGUCCCCUCGCCUGUAUGAGCUCGCCACCCCCAAGAGCAUCACCAAAAAAGUAUGAGUGA